AUGCAGUUCGACACAAGAUAUCGCUAUAAAGAUACCAUAUCUGCAUCUUCUGAAAUGUGCACAAGCAAUUCAGUUAAACUGCUUAUUAUUGUUUUCACUUUCUUCAAAGAUAAGGCUGCAUGCUUGAUAUUCUCAGCGACUGCGUCGACGUUAAAAGAAUAUAACAUAAAAAGGCAUUACGAUACAAAACAUGAACAACAAUAUAAAAACUUAACAGGACAACUCCGGAUAGAUAAGUUUAAUCAAAUGGAGAAACACUUGGAAAACCUACAGGCUAUUUUAAAAAAUAAAGCUAGUUUAUCAAAUAUGGCAGUAAAGGCUAGUUUUGUUGUCAGUCAAAUACUGGCAAACAAAAUGAAACCCUUUGCGGAUGGAGAGAUGAUAAAAGAAUGUCUGACUGCCGUUGCAGAAAUAGCAUUUCCUGAUAAAAUAAAUAUUAUUUCAAACAUUAGUUUAUCAAGAUUCACAAAUGCAAGGAGAAUUGAAGACUUGUUCGAUAACAUAGCAACGCUUCAUGAAAGCAUUGCAAAAUCCGAAUACUGUUCUUUGGCACUUGAUGAGAGUUGCGAUACAGCACAACUGGCUAUAUUUUUACGUGGUAUUAACACCAAAUUUAGUAUUACCGAAGAAUUGUGUUCACUGAUUCCAAUGCAAGGGACUACAUCCGGCAAAGACCUGUACGAUGAACUGAAGUCUGUGUUGGAAAAUUUUUCAAUUUCAUUAGAAAAGAUUAUUGGUAUAUCGACAGAUGGAGCACGAGCAAUGUCAAGCAUGAAGGUAGGAGUAUCGGGAAGGCUAUUUCAAGACAUUAAGAAGGUCACAGGAAGGGAACUAUUCGUUAACCACUGCAUAAUUCACCAGGAAAAAUUGUGUACGAAAAGAUUGGGUUUGCCAAAUGUCACAGUACCAAUAUUCAUUCGAAUUUAG